AUGGAGAAAACAGUGAGUGAAGCAUUUGGCUGCCAAGCCAUUUCAGUUGUACUCUUACUCCUUAUCAUUCUUAACUUGCUCCUUAUCCUACACUUUCCCUCCAGUUUCUGGUAUGUGCCCUUGUUUAUAUGCUUCCUUUGUGAUUUGUUGCAAAUUAUUGUUUGGUCGGAGAGCUUCAAGUGCAAGACAAUCCAAAAAAGAAGUUGCAUUGCCAGGAAACAAGAAGUUAAUUGCCUUCAUGAAAAUGGAAGCGUUGUAGAUGACAAGAAACAGCUGUCUACAGGAGAACUUGGACAGAUAAUGGAGAAACUGGGAACAUUACUUGAUGCAGAUGGUGGAGAAGUAGUUGAGGGGAGACUUGGGUCAAAGGAGAUUGCUGACUUGUUGGAGGAGGAACCAAGCCUGGAGGAAGUAAACGAAGCUUUUCAUGUGUUUGAUGAGAAUAAGGACGGGUUCAUUGAUGCAGGGGAGAUAAACAAGGUUCUCUGUGCGUUGGGUUUUGUUGGAGCUUCAGAAGUGGAAUGCAAAAGAAUGAUCAAAGCCUUCGAUCGUGACGGAGAUGGACGAAUAGAUUUCAAUGAAUUUGUUCAAAUCAUGGAGAACAGCUUCUGCUGA